GGCGGCAGCGGCGCUCCACUCAGCUCUUGGCCACUGGCCGCAGAUGAAAUGCAGUAUGGCGGAGCGACGCUGAAAUACAACAAACUGUGCGGAAAACAUCGGGAUAAAACCCCGAAACCCCGCCGAGUCCUCCCACGAUCCGGUAGAUCUGCGAUUAUAAUCACACGCGGACCCGCGGCUCGAUAAUCGCGUUCGUCGCGACACUUUAUGAUCCCAUAACAAGACAAACCAACGCAUCACUCUUUGUUACGUUUAAAACACGAGUAAUAAUACGCGCUAUAAUAAAACAGAAGUGGAUAUAAAGGCUUUAUUUAUUAUUACCAAGCAGUAAAACGAUGGAGGAAAAGCAACAUAAAUCAGACAAACAUCGCCACCAUCACCAGUCCUCCAGCAGCGGCAGCAGCAGCGGGGAGUCCGGCGGCAGCAGCCCGGCUCACGGGGCGCCCAAAGCGGCCAACGCCUUCGCCAACGACGGCAGCUUCAUGGAGCUGUUCAAGAAGAAGAUGGAGGAGGAGGAGAGGAGGAAGAGAGAGACCGAGGAGGAGGAGGAGGAGGAGAAGACGAAGAGCUCUGCUGCGGCAGGCCAAGCGCCUCCGGACAAGAAGUCGUUUGGCGUGAGCAGCUUUGUGGGCAAGCGGAGAGGAGGCGCUCGACUGGCGCUCAAGACCGGGAUGGUGGCCAAAAAACAGAAGCUCGACUCCGAGGUGGAGGCUGGGAAAGGAGACGCCUGGACUAAAUACAUGGCAGAAGUGAAAAAGUAUAAAGCGCAUCAGUGUGGAGACGAUGAUAAAACCAGACCACUGGUCAAAUAGACUGAGCUGCACGCUCUGUUUCCAGGUCGAGUUUUAUCCCGUUUGUUGGAUUCUGGUUCUUUUUGAGACGUUAUUAUUUAGUGCGUGGCAUUAGACCGAUCUCGUUCACCUUGUUGAUAUUUUGUACUCGACAUGUUUGGUGCUUGAAUGUCACCUGAUGAAGAUUGAAGAUGAUGAUUAAACUCACCGUACCACAGUAUCUGUCCUGACUGUGAUGAUCAUGUGGUUUCUGAGAGCCGAGA